CACCGUGAGAUAUAAUUCUUAUAUCCCUCUCCUCCUCUCCCUGUCCGACGCAGCCUGUCCUCGAUGGUAUCUUGGUUGGCAUCUCCUUCACUUGAGAAGGGAAGGUGAUGGUAUAUACGAUAACCUUCCUUCUCUUCCCUUCCGAUCCCAGACACUAUAAGCAGGAGCCUGCCAUGGAGAUCUGCAGCUCGUGCGACGCGGCGGCCGUGGUGGCGGCGGCCUCCUCCCCCACCGCCAAGCUGGUCCUGCAGGACGGCAAGCUGCAGCAGUUCUUGCGGCCCGUGAAGGCAUCGCAUGUGCUCCGGAAGGACCCGGCCUGCUUCGUCUGCAACGCCGACGUCAUGGAGUUCGACGACUUCGUCUCCCCUGUCCAUGCCGACGACGAUCGACAGCCCGGGCAGCUCUACUUCCUCCUCCCCGUCUCCAUGCUGCGGCGGCCGCUCCACGCGGAGGAGAUGGUCGCGCCAGUCACGAAAGCCAGAGCGGCUCUCAUGGUCUCCGGCGGUUUCCACUUCCCCGAUGCUUCAGCCGCCAAAUCCGGUAGUAGGCUGGUGGUGGAGCCAGGGCAGCGGAGGAGAAGGCCGAGCUCCAUGAGAAGAGGUGGCGAGGGACGAGAUUUCAAGCUCGGGCUUAGCGGCAUUCCGGAGUAGAAGUGGCAACAAGAUGACAAAGAUUACUCCUUGACUCGAUCUUUCACGCAGCUUCGAUGCUCUGUUCGAUCCGUAAAUUUUGAGAGGAGCUACAUUUGCUUUCCGAGUUCUCGUCAUCCACCGAACGCAUCAACUGAA